UUUUGUUUUAGCAGGACUAAGUAUAUGUAUACGUUCUUUUGAUAAUUACAAUCUUUGUUUUUCCCCAGUAUGACUAAUCUGAAGAAGAUUCAUCUUUUCUGGCUGGUAGUCUCCAUGGUAAUUGCAUUUCCUGAAAUGCUGGUUUCAGCUGUGGAUCUGCAGAUAGGCACACCUGCUCGGCCGCAAUGCUUCGGGAUAUCAAGAGGUCAGCAUUUUGUCCUUGGCUUUUCUGACAACCAUGAUUCGCGUUCCGAAACAAGGGAGCUCACUAUUUUAGUGGUAGCUUUCAGUAAUCGACAAACAUCAGUCACGAUCAGCAGCAAGUAUGAAGUAGCUGGCAGGCCAUUCCUGGAGAGCUUUGUGAUCGAAGCAGGUGGGUUUAGAAGAACCGUACUUCCUGCCGACCUGGUGAUGGAAGGAACCGAGAGAAGCCUGAAGGGGAUCGAGAUUUCAGCAUCUUCCGAGGUGUCUGCGUACGGUUUGAUGUAUCAGGAUUUCACCACUGAUGGUUUUCUAGGUAUACCAACAAAUAAUCUUGGUACGCAAUACGUUCUGGUAACGGGGCCCCCCCUAUCUCCGUGGCGCUCCCAAUUUUCUGUCAUAGGCACGGAGGAUUCCACCUUAGUGCAAGUUACUUUACGAGGUCGGGUUACAUUUGAAGGAGAGGAUUACGAUGCUGGUGAUGUGUUCAGUUUCAUGGUUGACCAGCUGGAAGCUGUCCAAAUCCAAGGAGCGCCUGGACAAGACCUAACAGGAAGCAUCGUCCAGACUAACAAACCGGUUGCCGUUUUCAGCGGCAAUGAAUGUGCGAUGAAUCCGGAAUCGACUUGUGACACAUUAACUGAGCAGUUGGUACCCAUCAAGAGUUGGGGGAAGAAACACAUCUACACCUCAGCCCGAAGCACCGACAGGAACAACUACCGAAUCGUUGCCUAUUUCACCGAGACAAUUGUCACUAUUCCGGGAUUUGGGAAUCAGUCGUUGGAUACGGGUGAGUUUUGGGAAGGCGAUUUGUAUGGUUCAGGGUUCGUGUCCUCCACUGAACCAACUCUCAUGAUGCAGCAGCUCUUUUAUAUUAAUGGUGAACGACUUGACCCGUCACUCAUACAGGUACCUGCUGUGGAACAUUUUGGGUUUAUCUUUGGGUUUACUACACCACCUUAUUCUGGAGAGAGUUCAGAAGGUUUUUUCAACUUCAUCGGUAUCAUUGUGAAAACCAAUGCACGCCAGACUGUAUUUGUAAAUGGAUCUCCCAUAAACGGCACCAAUGUCAUUGACAGUAAUGUACCUAACACUGACUAUACAUCGCUGACUGUCCAGUUGCCGAAAGGAGAAGGGAUCUACUUCGUCGAGCAAACUGAUUCUCAAAAUCCUCUUUCUGUCAUUGUCUAUGGGUAUGAAAGGGCCGAAUCAUAUGGAUAUGCCGCUGGUUUGUCUCUUUCAAGCAACGAACAAUUGCUCAGUUUGAAACCGUACUAUUUGCGAGAAUUUGGUGGCGAGCUUUUUACGAUGACAGUUCCCUGUUUGCAAACAAAUGCUUUAUCUUUUCCAGAUGCAAAGUGCAAAUUUUCCACUGGCUUUGGAGACGUCAUUGUUUCUGGUGAACGCACUAACCCAUACACUGUUGUCUGUAUCACUCCCACCUUUGACAAGAACGGACUUACAUCUGUCUUUGUAUCACUUGACAACGGUGAAUCAUUUCCAUACUCUGGCAUUGUCUACGUUGCAUCUGAAGAGGAUCUACCGCCACUAGUUCAAAUCCAACAGGUGAAUUCUGAGUAUGGAGAUGGCAUCAUUGACCAAACCUCAGAUGAUCCGAUCAUGUUCUCCUGGGAUCCUAGAACGGUUGGUGAAGGAGUUUCACAUGUGACUGUUAUGAUGCAAGACACAGAUUACGACAGCAAUGGGAAUCCAGUCUUGAUGGAAGGUGUCGCAGUGAAGAGCAAUGUCUUGAACAACGGUAGUCUGACGAUACAUCCAAGAGACCUCCAAUCCCUCACCAGUGAUGGUUUGUCACUCAAAGCAUUUUAUCUUACUCCGUCUGGAUUGAGGAGACGAAGAAAUAUUGGAGGUUUGUUGUGGUACUUACGACAUUAUGGUCCUGCCUCAAUUGUAGUUACUGCAAUCACCUGUGAAGUUUCAAAGUACCAGUUAAAGAAGACUGUGCCGACAGGACUGCCUCCAUGUCCUUGCAACACAGGACAAGCUGACCGAGACCAGAACGUCCAGAAGGCAGAUUUUGCAAACUCCUUCUUCCAUCCGGGUGCCAAGAGCUGUUAUCGGUCUGUUAAUUCAUUGCCAAAUGGAGCAGGGCAACAGUGUUGCUACGGUAAUGACGGCAACAUCCUGGUAGGUCCACCCGGGGGAGGAACAGCCGACAGGUAUGGUCCUGGUGGGUUCUGGAAUACAAUCUGGCACCAGUGGUACGACGUCCUUCCUUGGCUUUGCUUAUGCAAACUGUCCAACAACUGCAAGGAAUACUACAAGUACAGGCCAUCAGAUGACUGUUCUGACUACGACCCACCUCGACCGGCUGGGGGCACCGGGGAUCCCCAUCUUACAAGUCUGGAUGGCUACAAGUUCACCUUCAACGGAGCCGGAGAAUUUCUGAUGGCGUCAUCUGCUGUACAUAACUUGACCUUUCAAGCCCGUAUGGAGAGGUACCGCAACACCAAAGCCUCUGUGUACACAGCAUUCGUUCUUCAAACCAACGAUUCCUCCAAAGUCCAGGUGCAGUUGUCUUACAUGAACGAGACACUGAUUCUUGUGGAUGGUGAGCCGUUGCGUCUUGACUCCAUCCCAGUAAAAGUUCAUCACCUCAGAGGUGUUCGAAUCAGCUUCAACUCUGACAUGACCAAAGUCAACAUAGCAUUCAGUGCUGGCAUCGCUGUCACCGUGUACAUCGAUACCGAGGUGAUGUCUUUCAUCGCUCAACUGGACACCAAGUUCCAGGAUCAAGUUCAAGGACUUCUUGGAAACCUCAACGAAAAUCCAGAUGACGACCUUCAGUUCCCAAACGGAACCAUUCUGGAGCCUGGUUCUUCGCUGGAAGAGCUUCAGGGUUUUGGUUUGGAGUGGUUGGUGGCCCCAGAGGAGUCCAUAUUUACCUACAUCUCCCCAUUUGACUACAGCACAUACCACUUCCCUGAGUUUUCCCCGACCUUCGAGGUUCCUGAUCUGAACCAAGUGAGUCAGGAAAUCAAGGACCUGUGUGGCGAUUCCACUGAGUGUGUCUUUGAUGCGGUAAUCACCGGCAGCCUGUCUUUUGCUAACGAGACUCUUGUGGCGACAGUCACAAUAAGUGAAGUCCAAAAAGGAUUGGUCAAGAUUGUCAGCUGUGGCUACCCGGGUGAUGUGGAGAACGGAUUGCUGUCUGGGUCUGUGUAUCUCGUGAAUGCCACAGUGGAUGUGGCUUGUGAUGAUGGCUUCACAUUGAAAGGGUCUUCCAAAUUGACCUGUCUUGAAGAUGGUCAGUGGUCGUCUGACCUCCCUGUGUGUGCUGUCGACUGUGGCUACCCGGGUGAUGUGGAGAACGGGUUGCUGUCAGGGUCUGUGUAUCUCGUGAAUGCCACAGUGGAUGUGGCUUGCGAUGAUGGCUUCACAUUGAAAGGGUCUUCCAAAUUGACCUGUCUUGAAGAUGGUCAGUGGUCGUCUGACCUCCCUGUUUGUGCUGUCGACUGUGGCUACCCGGGUGAUGUGGAGAACGGGUUGCUGUCAGGGUCUGUGUAUCUCGUGAAUGCCACAGUGGAUGUGGCUUGUGAUGAUGGCUUCACAUUGAAAGGGUCUUCCAAAUUGGCCUGUCUUGAAGAUGGUCAGUGGUCGUCUGACCUCCCUGUUUGUGCUGUCGACUGUGGCUACCCGGGUGAUGUGGAGAACGGAUUGCUGUCAGGGUCUGUGUAUCUCGUGAAUGCCACAGUGGAUGUGGCUUGUGAUGAUGGCUUCACCUUAAAAGGGUCUUCCAGAUUGACCUGUCUUGAAAAUGGUCAGUGGUCGUCUGGUCUCCCUGUUUGUGCUGGCAUGGAUAAUGGCGAGGAGGGAGGGCUAGCUGCAGGCAUCAUAGCUGCUAUUGUUGUUGGUGCCGUGAUUGUUGUACUCGCAAUCUGUGGUCUGAUUUACAUUUUCAUAAAGCGGCAAGUCAGGUGUGUUAACAAACACAAAUACUACUAG